ACUCGUCGCCGCCGGAGAGGCCGGUGACCUCUUGGCUGCCCCGCCUAGGAGGCUCAGAUGGCUCAGGCGAAGAUCAACGCGAAAGCCAACGAGGGGCGCUUCUGCCGCUCCUCCUCCAUGGCGGACCGCUCCAGCCGCCUGCUGGAGAGCCUGGACCAGCUGGAGCUCAGGGUGGAAGCUUUGAGAGAAGCAGCAACUGCUGUUGAGCAAGAGAAAGAAAUCCUCCUGGAAAUGAUCCACAGCAUCCAAAAUAGCCAGGACAUGAGGCAGAUCAGCGACGGAGAAAGAGAAGAAUUAAAUCUGACGGCCAACCGUUUGAUGGGACGAACCCUCACCGUUGAAGUUUCAGUAGAAACAAUUAGGAACCCCCAGCAGCAAGAAUCCCUAAAGCAUGCCACCAGGAUCAUUGAUGAGGUGGUCAGUAAGUUUCUGGAUGAUCUGGGAAAUGCCAAGAGUCACUUGAUGUCACUAUACAGUGCGUGUUCAUCCGAGGUGCCACCUGGGCCUGUUGACCAGAAGUUUCAGUCCAUAGUAAUCGGCUGUGCUCUUGAAGAUCAGAAGAAAAUUAAGAGAAGAUUAGAGACUCUGCUUAGAAAUAUUGAAAACUCUGACAAGGCCAUCAAGCUGUUAGAGCAUUCCAAAGGAGCUGGUUCCAAAACUCUGCAACAAAAUGCAGAAGGCAAAUUUAAUUAGUUUUGAAACAGAGGAGCACUCACAAAUAAUGACAUGAAAAUGAUUAAACAUUAGUUCUUUGUGUUAGGUGUAACAUUUGAUACCGAUUGUUGUUUCACAUGAGGAAAAUACUCCAGUGUCAUCAGUUUUGUGAAUAACACAAUUAAAACUAGAAAUAUUUUAAUUAUCUUUCUAGAAGUUUUUAGAUUGAAUUCUUGUCUUGUAUUAGGCUCUACCACCUAAUAUAUAUAAUAUAUAUUUUUUACUAUACUGUGGAUGAAUAUUUACUAUAUAGGAGAGAGUAACUGCCCAGCCAGGGCCAAAAGCAUUCUUGUUCUUUCCUGGGCUUUGUCUGGCAUGGAGACACUUGGGCACAUGGGGCAUUUGGUUAACUAGAAAUCCUUGACCUUAAGCAGCACGCAAACUUACCACUCAUCUACUAUUAGCUAAAUAGUGUGUUCAGAAGGACAAAAGGAAUCACAAAAUAAGAAUCUUUCCCAAUAUCAUCCUUUUCAUAAAGCACUUUUUUUGGACAUCUUUAUCAAAUUAUUUUGAAUUUCAGAUUUAUGCAUCUGAUAAUAUGAAUAUAUUUCUUGAUAUAUAUAUGAAAACAUGACAUAAAAUGUGAGAGAAUUCACAUCUAAUCUUAUCACUGUGAACAACUAUAUGUCCACUUCAUCUUUUUCCAAAUACAUCAUUUCUCUAAAUUUUUAAU